AUGGCACAACAGGUUGUCGCUGCAAUGCAGUCAACUGAAUCAUCGGAAAAGUCGCCAGCUGAAGAAAACAGCGUUAUUUUGGUCCAUGAGGAACAGCCGUUGUCCAUUUCAACCGGCCCCAAUUACGACAAAGACUUAAACAGCAGCAACCCAUCACCGUUGCCACCACCAAAACCAACAACUCUUGAAAACGAAUCACUUUCCCAAACCUCACACAGGAAUAGUUUCAGUACUCCUUUCAGCUCUUCCGAUCUAAUGGCUAAUUCCCCUACAUACAUAACUCUUACGACCCCAAAACCACGCCAACGGAACCUUAUCCAGAUCAUGACCCAACAAUGUCACCUACUAAAACUACUACGUCUACGCCAGUUAACCGUGUUGCUUCAGUGAGACAACUUCAUUUUCAACCUGACAUAUCAACUGGUUCUACACAAGAACCUUUCUUCUGAGAUAAAUAACGCUAUCUGCCUUUCUUACAACUGUACACAGUGGCAAAGCUGAACAUGGUGACGCUGAUUCUGUUCCGCCAAAAUGUGAAUGUGAUGAGCUUAGAGAAGAGAAUUCAAGGCUGAAAGCAACAAUUGAAAAGCUACAACUUGAACAAGAAAGGUCUACAAGUAAGUUUAUAUUCAUGUCACUCAUGCAAUGACAGACUCAUGCAUGUUCUUCCUUUUUCCAAACCUCAUCUUGAAACACAUAAAUCAUAAAAAUCAGCAAGUGAUUUCCAAAAUCAUUGCAAAAUCAGCGAGCAAUUUGCGGGGCAAGACACGUUUUAGAUGCAACUACUAGUCUCUGAAGAUGUUGUAGCUCAGUAGAUACCACAAAACGAGAUAACUUUUAUAAAAUACCGCGUUGUUUCAAUUUUAUGCUCAGUGUUUUUAGCAAGAAUACAUAAUAUAUACUUUCUGUUACUUCGAUUUCGAUCCUUCACGACCCAUGGCCAUGGCUCAUGCAUAUGUUUGUCGGAUUGAGGACUCUCAUGCAAUUAUCGCUCUAUCAUUUGCUAUUUUUUAGUGCCCGAAGCUCCUGCUGUUAUGUACCUUGAAUCCUUAACGAAAUACCUUCGUGGCAUUCAUACACAUGCAAAUGAUGAAAUUGUACUAGUACUAUCUCCCCAAAACCACGCAUCUGAAUCUCACAUCGCUCAUUUGAACACAAUGCCAAAGUUGAAGGUAGGCAAAUUACAUCAUCAGUCUAUAUACUUCAACCUUAAUUUAAUGGCUAAGCGGCGCAAUGAUCAAUAAUAUCUCGCAGUAUAGUUAACCAAGCUUAGCCAACUUCAGCCAGUUAUAGCUAUAUAAAUUCAGUUCAUUAUAUGUCUAGCAAUUUGGACAAAGCUAAUGCCAGUAGUAUGCCGGCACAAUGUCAUUAUGUUAAAUUUUAUUUCUCAACUUUUCUUGUUUUCUGUCUCCUGCAGAUGCCUCAAGUCAGUUCUGCUGCAAGACCGUCAAACAUUACAACAGUGAAAACAGUAACUUCGUCUUCAUCGCACUUUGAGGAUGGUGAUGGAAAGCAAGAAUUGUGCCUGGGAUCUGGAGUGUAUAUCCCUACAAUAAAGCUUUGCCAGUGCCAUCACAAAGCUGGUGCAGAAAUGAAAGUUCUCUUCCAUGUAUUAAUGGAUCAUUUCUUUACCGACGAAAUCCUGGCAAAAUGA